AUGUCUCGCUACAACGCUGCUGACGACAACGAAGAGGACAACGAAAUCGAAAUCGAAAUCGAAAACGAAAACGAAAACGAAAACGAAAACGAAAACAGCUUUGGCAGAAACCACAAAUCCUCUACAGACAAUUGCCUUUGCUGUCUCUGUCGCUGUCAGCACCAGCGACCCAUCAAUAAAAUUACAAUCAUCGGCGUGCCGCCGGACGAUCCACGUCUGACCCGCCCUGUGGCUCUGGAAGUGGUCCAGGCUGGUGCUCCAGGCAAAAACAAACGCAACACUUUUGCAUGCACCAACUGCCAUGCCCAGAAGGCCAAAUGUGUGCCCUCGGACCCUAACGACAUAUAUGGCAAGAGCUGUGUGCGGUGUGCCAAGCGUAACAAACACUGCACGUUCGAUCUGUCGCGCAGAACACGGCGUCGCCGGCGCGAAAGCGAUCUGGCGAACGAAUCCGACGUGUCCUCUGCUGCCACGACUCCUACGAACGUUUUCUCUUAUCCCACGCGGAAUCUGAACCUCCAGCCUGCUGGUGGACUCGUUGGGCACAGCACAUUGUUCCCCAGCUCAGCUAUGAACUCUCCAGCGCCCAUGGCGGUGGCAGUAGGGUCAGCCUUGGCCAGCUCGUCCAUGUCAAAUUCACAAAGUCGUUCUGACGAGAGUGGCACUCGAAGCUCCAGUGUCGCAACGUCAAUGACUCUGAAUUCUUCGGGCCCCACGCUAACACUUUCUGACUGGCCCCGAAGCAAUCUACAGUAUACAUCGCCCUCCGGGCCCAUCACACAAGACACUGCCUCUCACAUUCCAAGAUCUUUGGGGUCAGCAGCCACCGCCCACGAACCGCCUCCUUCCUUCGAGAGCUUGCACGAUGAGCUGCAGUCGCUUCUGUCAUCUCAACUCGAGAGAUUCAACAGCAUAAACGAAAGGCUCACCCAACUGUCUGAGAAAUGGAAUGACAUAAUCGAAAACAGUGUUGGAAUCCCACUUGCCUUGGACCCAAUCAGUCUGGGAAUCAUAAGCAAAGAUCAAGCUCAACAUAGACUCGAUCUUUACCGAUAUGAAAUAUCGAAUAAAUACCGCUUUCCAUUUGUCAAAAUACCUGCAGAUCAAAGUCUACAUGAUCUGCGACAGAAUGCCCCCAUUUUGUUUGCGACUAUCAUGACAGUUGUGUCCUCUAUGUUGAGAAGUGAGGAGUUUAACGAGGAUCAGAAUUUGAAACUAGAUAAUUUUACACUGGGUCUGAUUUCUCACCAUAUGACACGGCUGGGAUCUAAGUCCUUAGAGCUACUGAAAUCAUUGUUGACUCUGUGCCUGUGGUACAAUUUUCCUGAAUGGUCUACUAGAACAAGAUUCUACUUCUUCAAUUACAUCUGCUGCUGUCUCAUUAAAGACCUCGUUCCUUUGAGAAAGCCUCAGGUUUUCAUGAAGUUUGAACCCAGUUACAAAAAUCCCUCCGAUGACGAAGCUGCAGCCAUCGAUAAAUUCCUAAUGCAAAAUGAAUCUUAUUCCCGUUUGGUCAUUCUCGUCUACGUCUCGUCACUAAACAUAAACAUAUUCCUGCGACAGCCUAUACAAAACAGAUGGGGCAUUUUACAGGAGCGUGCCAGCAAUAUCAUGUCUCUAUUCGAGUCGGGGCCAGUAUCAGCUUACGAGCGCGAAGAAGAUGAGAUUCUGCUGACAUUUGCUAACUUGAACCGCUUGUUGGAGGAAAUCCACGUCAAAUUGCAUGAGGCCGAGGAGUAUGCAGGUGAACCACAGGAUAUACUGGCUUCACCCCCACAAUCCAAGUUAAUUGACGGGGUGCAGCGGGAGCUAAAUGAAAUGUUUCAAAAAAUUCCUCCAGGGAGGACCAGAGUGUUGGCAUUUUACUAUUCUGUCGAAGCCUAUCUGCACGAAUGGCUCUUUGUCAAAUAUUUGUCGAGGUAUCCCGACCCUUCAACGGUCCACGCAGUUCCUAAAGUUGUUGCAGAUUCUUUUCAGAAACUCACCUUGGCUUGCAUAAAUGCCAUGCGCGAGUUUCUCAAGCUUUCUCCUGAGCUAAUUGCAUCCCUGCCACUCUUCCACAUUUCAAGAGUGGUCUAUACCGUGGGCGUGUUACUUUUGAGAGUAAGAUAUACCAUAAUUACCGUACCCGCGUUCGCAUAUUUGAAAUCCACCACUCAAAUAGCCGUUUCGCUCAUCAGUGAUACUUCAAAAUUGCUGGACAAAGGUGCAACCUUGUACCCAUACAACAUUAUCUUAAACAAGCUGCGAUAUGUUGUGGCCUUGUUCGUGCAGAUGUACGCAAAGAAGAUCAAGGCAUUUUUCAUCACCAACAAUCCUGAGGCAGAGGCAUAUAACGUCCCUAUUAUUAAUGACCGGAGUGGAAUCAGCUCAGCGCAGCAUCAAAAUUCCGUUCCGACGCUACUGAAUCCUGUUUCCCCUCCUCGCGGUCGUACACCUGAUAAUACCAAUAAAAGCCACCCAGCUAUUGAAGCUGCGGGCGGAGAGGUAGACAGCGCCAGUAGGUUGGUAGAUGCCUUAUCAUUCCAACUGGCCGAUGCUGCAACGCUGGAAAAUGGGUUUAGCACGGUGUUUGGUGAACUCUGGUCAGAUAUUUUCUGA